AUCGAUGCAGUAUCUUAAGAGAGACAACUUACGAGCAUCAACAUAAAGAAGUUAGACAUUUUAAAUACUUGCGGUUUAACUAUUUUGACUUUGAUAUUCAACAUUUUAAACUAAAAAAUAUUUUCUUCCACUAUAACGGUUGUCUUAAUGAAAACUAUGGCCUUUAAACCGUUGGAAAUACUUUUUAUUCUACUUUGCAUUCUUGCGAUUUUUAAUCAAAUAACGAAUGCGCAAGUUCUUCAACGGCCGGCGGUUAGAGCCUGUGCGGCAUUGGACAAUGGACUACAGCAUAAUUUGAUACCGCACACUCCCGAAGGUAGUGCUGCUGCGCUCGGAAAAUAUCCCUACAUGGCACUUAUUGGUCAUCAAAAGGAAAAUGAAACUGUCGUAUUUCCAUGUAGUGGCGCUUUGAUUGACAAACGUUUCGUACUAACCGCGGCUCACUGUAUAAAAAACGGUAAACCGUCAGUAGUACGUCUAGGUGUUACAAACCUUGAUGAUCUGGCACAAAGCAGCGGCAUCGUGGAGCGGAAAAUCAAAGCCAUCCAUGUACAUCCUAGCUAUACAUUAACUUCUGCGUACAACGAUAUCGGUUUGGUGGAAUUGGAAAGUGACGUUAAUUAUUCCUCGUUAGUGUAUCCCGUUUGCUUAUUUACCGCUGCUGCAAUUCCUUUAAACAAUACUGAGUUGUAUUCGACGCGUUGGGGUGUCAAUGGUCAACGCAUUGUUGGUGCUGUACAUAUGCGUAUACUUCCGAUCCCAUUGUGUCGAGAUGCUUACAGUAAAUUUGCAAACAGACUUAUUGCAGAUGGUAUACGAACAACACAAUUGUGUGCACACGAUAUUGAUCAAUCGCGAGAUGAGUGUGCUAUUGCCACUGGACCAAUGGUUUUAGUGGAAGAUGAAGGUUUAAAUAAAUAUCGACUCGUCGGUAUAGAUUCCUUUGGUCCACGCUGUCGUUCACAUGUGCCGGACGUGCUUACUAGAGUAUCUGAGUACUUAGAUUUCAUUGAGAAUAUAGUCUGGACAUCGUAAUGAAUAUAUGUAUCUAUAUAUGUUUUAAUAUUUAAUAAAGAAAAUUGUUUCCUUCCACUA